AAUCGCCCUCAAGUUAAUUGGUGUGGCAUUUAUUUAUUUGGAAUUCUGAAACUCACCACCAUCAACACCCAAUAUGUCCACCCUGAAAAACGAAAUUCACAAUCAAUCAUGGAAAACAUUAUAGGACGCCUCCUCUUCCUUCUUCUUGCGCUGGAAUUCCAGCUCCAGCCAUUCUUAAGCUCUGCCUCUGCCUCCAAAGCAGCUAGUGGAAUCAAGUAUCUUCCUGGAUUCGAUGGCCCGCUUCCGUUUUACUUGGAAACAGGGUAUAUUGGCGUGGGAGAAGCAGAGGAGGUGCAGCUGUUCUACUAUUUUGUGAAGUCAGAGAGGAAUCCAGAGCAAGACCCUCUCAUACUCUGGCUUACUGGAGGCCCUGGCUGCUCGUCCUUGUCUGGUCUUGCCUUUGAGAUCGGUCCUGUUCGUUUUAAAGUGGUUGAAUAUAAUGGGAGCUUACCCACGUGGGUCUUGAAUCCAGACUCUUGGACAAAGGUUUCCAGUGUAAUAUUUCUGGACCUCCCGGUCGGAGCUGGAUUCUCCUAUGCAACAAGCGAACCCGCUUUCCGAUCAAGCGACAAAGUGCAAGCAUCCCAAGCCGUCGAAUUUAUGCGCAAAUGGCUAAAGAAACAUCCAGAGUUCCAAACAAAUCAAUUUUACAUCGGCGGGGAUUCCUAUGCCGGCAUCCCUCUACCCAUCGCGGUUCAAAUCAUUUCCAACGAAAACGAAAUGGGCAUCAAGCCGAUGUUGAAUCUUAAGGUGGUUUAUAAUUGAAAUUACGAAAAUUUUAUGUUGUCUUGUGUUUCAUAGGAUAGAACUUUAUGUGUUGUUGAUUUUUUUUUAUUGUUGUAAAUUGUUCCUCAAAAUUACUUGUUUCAAGGGUUACAUACUUGGGAACCCAGUGACAGAUUUCAGAAAAUUCGAGGGUAACUCACGAAUUCCAACUGCCCAUGGAUUGUCACUCAUUUCAGAUGAACUUUACCAGUCACUAGAGACAAGGUGUGGGGCAGAAUAUCAGAAUGUUGAUCCUACCAAUUAUGAAUGUAUCAACAAUUUACAUGCUUUUGAUGAGUGUUUGUCAGGGCUAUACUUUGAGCACAUAUUGUAUCCGAUGUGUGGACUAGCUUCUCCAAAACCAACAAUGGAGGAGAUCCAGAUGGACAACAGGAGAUUCCUAUGGGACAAACAUAGACAACAAUCUUUGUCUAUAGAUGUUCCUACAUUUGGUUGUCCGACUUACCCUCAUCUUCUUUCCUAUUACUGGGCGGAUGAUGCAGUUGUCCGCAAAGCACUUCAUGUGAGAAAGGACACAGUGCAGAGAUGGAUACGAUGUAACUACAGGUCAGAUUACAGUAACGAUGUCAGCAGCAGUUUUAAGUAUCAUGUCUUCCUUUCAACCAAGGGUUAUCGUUCGUUGAUCUACAGCGGGGAUCAUGACAUGGUGGUACCAUCAAUGGGAACGCAAGCCUGGAUUAGAGCUCUCAACUACUCCAUUGUAGAAGAUUGGCGAUCAUGGCACGUGGAUGGCCAAGUUGGAGGGUAUACAAGAACAUACUCCAAUGGAAUGACGUUUGCAACUGUCAAGGGAGCUGGGCAUAUAGCAGUAGAGCACAAGUCUCACGAGUGUUCGGUUAUGUUCAAAAGGUGGAUAAAUCAAGAGUCUCUAUGAAAACAAGAGAUACAAAGAAGAAGUUCAAGUCAGUAAAAAAGAUAAGGUGUUACAAGAAAGACUUUAUUUAGUUUAGGUAUAAAUAAAGGGAUGUCACACUCAUAAUUAAGAAGUUGUUUUAGCCAAGAAACGACUCUCGUGUCCUGGUUCAAGCUAUGUCUGCCAGAUUUCUUCAAGGGUUGGGCUGAUUUGUGGAAGGACGGGCAGAUUCCGGUCAUCUACGCUUGAAUGAUCAAAAUUAGUGUCUUUGUGAUGAAGAACAUGGAGAGUAAAGAUAGAGAAAAAUAAAAGGGUAUGCAAAGUGAGGAGAGGAGACGACCUUUUAUUUGGAAGAUCUAAUUCCUGCUCUAUAAGCAAAAGCGUGUGUUACUGUUUUAGGCCUUGAUUGUAACUCGGAGG